AUGCCGUUGGCACGGAUAGCCCGCGCAUACUAUCAGAUGGCCACGAAAACGACUCGAUAUUUGUUCAGUGACUCGCGGCAGAGGAUCUUCGCCUAUAUCAUUAUCUUCCUUUGUUUUCUGACGCCCUCUUCCACCUCAUUUGUGCUUUAUUCAGGAACAACGGCAAAAAUCGAAUAUAAAGAUGUGAAUAUGCUGAAGGAAAUGCGAUUAGAAGAUAGGAAAGUGAUAUUCGAAUUUUGCAAUUUGGUCGUUAAAUUCCCACAAUUGCUCAUCAAAAAGAUGACCCACGAGCAAGUACGGAAAUCGAAGCCAAUUUGUGAACAACUCUUAUUGGGUAUCGCCAAAGUCAGAGAGCAAGAAGCACGUGCUCAUCGAGCACAUAUUGAUAGAGAAUUACAAUAG